ACAUUGUCAAUGGCACCUGCGGGUCAAUGACCUAUCAUCACGCGAGAGUUUGGCCGUGACAACGCGAGAGUUGGACAAGAACAUGGCUGCCAUCCGGAGACUGUGUGUUUUGAAAGUCGUGGUGCCGGGUUUGGUGGCGAACUCCGCCAGAACGACGCUGUGCGGGGCGUUUGUGUGCCGGGCAGGAUGGGUGAGGAGGAUGAACUCAAGUAGGUUACAGUCAGUGGGAAUCCUGGAGACGCCCAAACAGCAGGGGAAGUACGAGACAGGUCAGCUGUUCCUACACAAAGUGUUUGGUUACCGUGGGAUUGUGCUAUUCCCGUGGGUUGCCAGACUCUACGACAGAGACGUCGCCUCAAAAACGGAAGAAAGGAAUCUUGAGGAAGGUCUGUACACAACAGCUGGGAAGGAGGUGAAGGGGAAGACUCACACGUAUUACCAGGUUCUCAUCGACUCAAGGGACUGUCCCUAUAUUAGAGCACAGACAGAAGGCGUGACAUUUCUAGGGAACACAGAAAACAGCAGAUCUCUGUAUGCAAUACCAGUACUAAGUGCUAAGACAUGUUUUCCUUUCUUCAUGCAGGAGGCCCACAAUGCCAAUGUGUACUGGUGGCGGUACUGCAUCCGGCUAGAGAACCUAGGUGAGGAGACAGUCCAGCUACGUGAGCGGCACUGGCGGAUCUUCAGCCUGUCAGGAACACUGGAGACGGUACGCGGGCGCGGAGUCAUCGGGAGGGAGCCCGUACUGUCGAAGGAGCAGCCAGCGUUCCAGUACAGCAGUCACGUCUCACUGCAGGCUCCCAGCGGACACAUGUGGGGCACGUUCAGAAUGGAGCGGUCGGAUGGCCACAUGUUUGACUGUAGGAUCCCACCCUUCUCACUGGAGAGCAAGUCUGACGACAACAACUCCCCCCAUGGGUUCGUGGGACCUAAGAGAAAGUGAAAGUGAUGUGCUACCAUAGCAACCAGACAGGUCAAAGGUUGAAGAUUGCAUCAUUGGACAGCCAAGCAAGUUAGAAGUUUAGGGUCAAAGGUCAGGGCAUGCAUCAGGGAGAGAAAACAAAAUAUAUGGAUACAAAAAACAUUACACAGAUCACCCCUUUGUAACAGUGGUAUGUUCCUGAUGAUCUCAGUUUUUGACAGUUUUGAGCCGUACCAUGUCAGAUUCAUUUGAAAGUAGGGGUAGCGGGUUAUAUGCUAAUGCUACUUUUUUGUGUUGUUGUU